ACUUCUUCACUUCACCAAUUGAUGCAUGCGUUGUUUCGCCAUCGAUCAUGGACUUGGUUAAUACAGCGGCUGUUCUGUAUCGUGGAUGGGACGUGGAAGUGAUGCAGGAGCCGAGGAUUGGUGAUGAGGCGUGAGCAGUCCAUUACAUGCCCAGUCGUCCGCCAUUUCUUUCCUCUGGUACCUGAUAGUCCACAUACAAUUAACACGAACUGAUGCGGAGCAUCCAGGGACUUUACGCCAACUCCCAUCUCAUCAGGUUUCACCGCCAUCAACCAACAACCUAGACAGCUACCGACGCCUCAGUCUUCAGCAGCUGCAACUUGUCCGGCUCCUACUCAACAAAGCCAUUCGCGACGACGGCGUCGAACGAUUGCUCAAUAUUUGGGGCUAGAAGCCUCGAACGAGCCAGUAGAUGUGCAGAGAGAUGUCCUCACUCCACCAAUGCCUGAGCGCUUGCCCUCAAAGCCUACACGCAAGCGGCGAAAACAGGCAGGCGACGAACAUGCGACGAAAGACAGGAUGACAGAUGCAGACAGUCGAGACGGCUUGAAGCAGCGAUAUGUUUCCGAAGGAUUUCGUGUGACGAAAGCUACUGGUAGACGUCCUGCGAGCCGGGCAAAGACCUCUACCGUCGAAGUCUCGCAGCCACCUUCCGCUCCUACAUGCAGUCCUCAGUCGAUAUUCAAUGAAGAUCUCGUGCCUGACAACACCCAAAAUGUGGACUUCUAUUGUGUUUCGCAUGGCGUUGCAGAGAACAGGCACAGGGCCGAUCCAAAAGAUUACAGUCAGGACACACUUGUUGCUUCGACCUCUCGAACCAACGCCGACAUGAUGUCCUUUGAUCUCAAUGCUAACCACCAUGACACUAACGAUCAUACUCACCUUGACUUCAGUUGGCCCAAUUAUCAGGGCGACGACAGCAUCUUCAGUGGCGAUGAGUUCAAUGACGACCUCGAUGAUGAAGAUCUCAUGAAACUAUCAUCUGACGUCGAGGACAGCUCUGGCAGACAUGCGAAAGACCGCUUAUCAGGCAUAUCUGCAAAUUCUCCGAUCGUUGUCGACGAACCCGGCAGCCCCGGCCAUACCAAAAAGAAGUUUGUUUCGCCAGUGACGCUGACCACGCGACUUCUAGCUGCGACUGGCGAUGCCAGGUCUAUAGAGGACCGCAAACCCAUCGUCAGGUCCCCAUUCCCCUCACCAGUUCGCGAUCGCUCCCCUAUCAUUGGUCUGUCGUCGAACAUGCUCCUGAAGACGUGCUUUCGUAUUGGCGAGGCGAUUAAUCAGGGUCAUCUCGCAUCCAAGGCUGGCAAGCACGUCAUGCUCGAACUGUAUGCCCGUGUGCUCAGCUCUGAACGAGACGAUGCGAAACAAGACUUCGUCCUCUGCGAUCUCUUUCAUGCGAAACCUCCGUACAUCAAGGCUGUAUACGACGCGACCAUCUGGAAGCAAGUGCAGCUUUUCAAUUACGACAGUCAGCGAUUGCUGCAGGAAGGGAGAAUUUGUCGAUGCAUGGGUAAGAUGAAGUGUGAGAAGAAGGAGUGGGUUAUGACAGUCUCGAAUGUGUGGGAAGCGACAUGGGAAGACAUCCAAUGGGUUGAGGGCAUUGUCAAUGCCUGAGGCAGGUAGAUGAAGGCUGUCGGAAGUUCUCAGGGGCUGGGGCAAGGUCCAGAAUGUAGGAUGCCAUUUUGAGGGACCGGGCCAGAUAAAGGAACGGACGCGCGCGAUUACACCUACAGGGGUUUGUAAUCAAUGGGAUAUGGUUUACAUGGUAAAAAAGUUUAUGUUGCGUCGAGUGCGUUCGCAAUAAAAUCGUAA